CACUAGCGCAGCGCGGUGCUGCCACUCAGCUGAUGCACUCGCAGCAGACCGAGCCUGGCUGUGUUUUUUUUUUCACCCCUUCGUCGUCUCCUGUUUUCCUCUGGUCCAUUCAUCGGAGGGGUGGAUCGGCACUGUCCACCCCUCAGAAACUUCCUGACAGAGCCAAAAAGCUCCCGCUGGCUUUUCCCCCCUGUGAGCAGCAGGCAGAGAAGAGGUGGGACGGAGAGUUUUUAGAGCGCUCGGGCUGCUCUGUGAGGAUCAGGAGAGGGAUGGUGUGAUUCUCUAAAGAGAGAAAGAGAGAGGAAGAGGGAGACGCUCCAGCAGCAUCACAGAACCCCCUCCACUCCUCUCCUUAACUCCCCCCCCUCACCUCUGUCUGGCUCUCCCCAAUAACACGCUCGGGGGGUCUCAGCGACCAGGAAACAUGUCACAGACUAGGAGGAACACAUACACCCGGACCACUAGCAGCGGCAGCAGCAGGAUGAGCUCGGACGGGGGCGGCCGGCCCGUCAAAGUGGGCUCCCUGGUGGAAGUGAUCGGGAAGGGGCAGCGCGGCACGGUGGCAUACAUCGGCACCACACUCUUCGCCUCUGGAAAAUGGGUGGGAGUCAUCCUGGACGAGGCCAAGGGCAAGAACGACGGCACGGUGCAGGGCAAGCGCUACUUCACCUGCGAAGAGAAUCAUGGCAUUUUUGUGAGACAGUCACAGAUCCAGCUGGUUGACGAUGGAGCAGAUACCACGUCCCCUGAGACGCCCGAGCCCGGUACCGGCAAGGUUCCCAAACGAGAGAUCCUGGAGACGCCCAAGUCCACCAAACUGCGAGGAGUGAAGCCCAAAAAGACUCCUGCACCCCGGAAGACCACGGCCAGAAGGCCCAAGCCCAGCCGGCCGACAGGCACCGGCGGGAAGGGGGCUGCGUCCGGCUCGGCCUCGGCCUCGGCUGGAGAGAUGAGCAGCAGCGAGCCCAGCACCCCGGCCCAGACUCCCCUGGCUGCUCCGGUCAUCCCCACCCUCCACUCCCCAGGAAAACCUCCGGCCCCCGUCCCCAGCAAGGAGGAGGAGGCUCUGCGCGCUCAGGUGAAGGACCUGGAGGAGAAGCUGGAGACGCUGAAGAUGAAGCGGACGGAGGACAAAGCCAAGCUGAAGGAGCUGGAGAAGCACAAGAUCCAGCUGGAGCAGCUGCAGGAGUGGAAGAACAAGAUGCAGGAGCAGCAGGCCGAGCUGCAGAAACAACUCAAAGAGGCCAAGAGGGAGGCUAAAGAGGCCCUGGAGGCGAAGGAGCGGUACAUGGAGGAGAUGUCAGACACUGCGGAUGCGAUCGAGAUGGCCACGCUGGAUAAGGAGAUGGCUGAGGAGAGAGCCGAGUCUCUGCAGCUGGAGGUCGACUCGCUCAAGGAGAAAGUGGACGAGCUCACCAUGGACCUGGAGAUCCUCAAGCAUGAGAUUGAGGAGAAAGGCUCGGAUGGCGCUGCCUCCAGUUAUCAUGUGAAACAGCUGGAGGAGCAGAACGGCCGACUGAAAGAAGCGCUGGUCAGGAUGCGAGAUCUGUCGGCGUCGGAGAAGCAGGAACAUGUGAAGUUGCAGAAGCAGAUGGAGAAGAAGAACGUGGAGCUGGACUCUCUGAGGAGCCAGAAAGAAAAGCUGCAGGAGGAGAUGACGGCGGCAGAAAAGACCAUCGACGAGCUGAAGGAGCAGGUGGAUGCAGCCCUGGGGGCAGAGGAGAUGGUGGAGACUCUGACAGAGAGAAACCUGGACCUGGAGGAGAAAGUCAGGGAGCUGAGGGAGACGGUCGCUGACCUGGAAGCGAUCAACGAGAUGAACGACGAGCUGCAGGAGAACGCCAGAGAGACGGAGCUGGAGCUGAGGGAGAUGUUGGAUCUGGGCGCGGCGAAAAUCCGAGAGUCAGAGAAACGAGUCGAAGCCGCUCAGGAGACCGUGGCUGAUUAUCAGCAGACCAUCAAGAAGUACCGCGAGCUCACCGCCCACCUACAGGAGGUGAACAGAGAACUGACCAGUCAGCAGGAAGCCUCAGCAGAGCUGCAGCAGCAGCCGCCAGCAGAGAUGUUCGAUUUCAAGAUUAAGUUUGCAGAGACGAAGGCGUACGCCAAGGCCAUUGAGAUGGAGCUGAGGAAGAUGGAGGUGGGUCAGGCCAACAGACACGUCUCCCUUCUGACCGCCUUCAUGCCCGAGUCCUUCCUUCGUCACGGAGGAGACCACGACUGCAUCCUGGUGCUGCUGCUCAUCCCCAGGCUCAUCUGCAAGGCCGAGCUGAUCAGCAAACAGGCCCAGGAGAAGUUUGACCUGAACGAGAACUGCGUGGAGCGAGCCGGACUGAAAGGAGCCAUCGGGGAGCAGCUGAGCUUCGCUGGUGGUUUGGUUUACUCGCUCAGUCUGCUGCAGGCCACGCUCCACAAAUACGAGCAGGCUCUGGCUCAGUGCAGUGUGGACGUCUAUAAGAAGAUCGGCUCUCUGUACCCAGAGAUGAGCGUCCACGAGCGAUCACUGGAUUUCCUCAUCGAUCUGCUGCACAAAGACCAGCUGGACGAGACCGUCAACGUGGAGCCGCUCACCAAAGCCAUUAAAUACUAUCAGCACCUGUACAGCAUCCACCUGGCAGAUCAGAAUGAGGACUGCACCAUGCAGCUCGCUGAUCACAUCAGAUUUACCCAGAGUGCCUUGGACUGUAUGGCUGUGGAGGUCGGUCGCCUGCGGGCGUUCCUGCACGCGGGUCAGGAGAAGGCCGACCUCGCCGUGCUGCUCAAAGACCUGGAGACGUCCUGCAGCGACAUCCGGCAGUUCUGCAAGAAGAUCCGCCGCCGGAUGCCGGGUACCGACGCGCCCGGCAUCCCAGCGGCUCUCAACUUCGGCCAACAGGUGUCAGACACGCUCUCAGACUGCAGGAAGCACCUGACCUGGGUGGUGGCCGUGCUGCAGGAAGUGGCGGCGGCCGGAGCUCAGAUGAUGUCGCCCCUCGGUGAGCAGGAGGGGCUGGCGGCCGUCAAACUGGAGGAUGUGGCGUUCAAGGCAGGAGAACAGAUCUAUGGAUCUCAGGGCGCCAACCCCUACGAGUGUCUGCGACAGUCCUGCAGCAUCGUCAUCGCAACCAUGAACAAGAUGGCCACCGCCAUGCAGGAGGGAGAGUACGACUCAGACAAGCCUCAGAGCAAGAAUCCUCCACCGGUCGACGUGCGAGCGGCGGCUCUCCGAGCAGAAAUCACAGACGCUGAAGGUCUGGGCAUGAAGCUGGAGGACAGAGAGACUGUCAUCAAAGAGCUGAAGAAGUCUCUGAAGAUCAAGGGGGAGGAGCUGAGCGAGGCGAACGUCCGUCUCAGUCUGCUGGAGAAGAAACUCGACAGCUCGUCCAAAGACGCAGACGAACGCGUGGAGAAGAUUCAGACUCGACUGGACGAGGCCCAGACUCUGCUGAAGAAGAAAGAGAAGGAGUUUGAGGAGACGAUGGACGCUCUGCAGGCCGACAUCGACCAGCUGGAGUCGGAGAAGGCCGAGCUGAAGCAGCGAAUCAACAGCCAAUCGAAGAUGACCAUUGAUGGGCUGAGAGGAACCGGCCCGUCAGGAAUCGCCUCCAUCGUCACGGGAAUUGCAGGAGCGAACAUGAUGUCAGGCGUCGGUUCAGGCUCAGGAGUCCAGGUGAUCGACUCUCCUCUGCUGACUCAGCAGAUCGAAGCUCAGAGACUCUGCAUCAAACACCUGAAGAACGAGAACAACAGGCUGAAGGCUGAGACGAUGCGCGUCCAGCUCGCCUCUCUGCCUCCUCUCCAUGUGACCAAACUUCCCUCCAGAGACGGAGGUCGUCCUGAAGUGCUCUCUAGCGCCCUCUACCGCAAGACCGACCAGCUCCUGGAGACUUUGCUGCAGAUGAGCGCGAACGUCAAGGUGGUCGACAUCACUGGGAAAUCCCCAGUGACACCUGGUGCUCAGCUCCUGGAACAAACAGCUCGACUACAGUCCCUGAGUGACACUCUGGACAGACUGAAGGAUGAAGUGGCAGAGCACGUCGUCCACCAGCAGCCUGGAGCUCGAGUCUCGUCCGACUUUGCCACGUUCCCCUCGACGACGUUCGUAAAGGCGAAGGAGGAGAAGCAGGGUGACACGGUGCUGGUGGGUCGGGUCAUGGUGCCAUGCCCCCGCGGUCAGGAGCAGGUGCAUCGCCUCGUCCUGUCUCAGCCUCAGCUGCAGAGAGUUCACAGUCUACUGCGGACCUAAACCUCGCCUGCCCCGCGACCCCGCCUGCUGCACCACAACACGCCACCCCUGCCCUAUCAUCAGCUUCACCUCCACUCCAGGGCCAAAACACGUCAGACCAGGAGGUAUUCAGAGUCACUAGUGGUGAGGUUUCAACCUGUGGGAAAUUAUUUUACUCAGACAGUCAGGGCUGUAGUCUGAGAUCCUUCUCGGGAUCAAUCAGGGUUUUGGAUUGGAGUCAGAAUGAUUAAUCAAUUAGUCAACUUACAGAAAAUGUAUUGGCAAAAUCAAAUUAAACUUGGUUUUUGUAGUGACUUGUUUCAGACUAGAGCCCUUCAUACUGUAAACUCAAACAAACUGCUGUUUUAUGGCCAGAAAAUCAAGUAGAGAUACUUAAAGCUGCACUGCUGCAUGCUGCCCAGAUUCACUAAAACUACUUUUUUGUUGCUGUUGAGUAUUUUUAUCGACCUCCACUUAGGCUCUGGUGUGGAACCUGCGCAGUGCGGUUUAUAUUAGGCCGAAACAUUGGCUGUCGCUCUAUGUUUCCGUGUUAAAACUGUCGCCACUACUGUUACUGCUACACAGGAUACAGAGGGUCGCAACUGUGUGUUGUAAAUUUUACUCGGGCGUCACUGUUGUGUACAUUUUUAUAACUCGACUGUCUAAAGGGAGAGAAAUACUAUUAAAAAAUUAAGAAAAAAUAGAAUUGUCCAUUUGAAGUCGUGGGCAUUUUACUGUGGUUUGAUCAAAGAGAGUUUUUGCAUAUUUAACAGAAGAAACCACAGAGGAAACAAAAUCCUGCACAUUAGCUUUACUUGGAUGUAACUUUACUCUUGCACUGUUUCACUUAUAAUAAAACAUUAGCGGUGAUGUUAAAUGCAAGAGAAUGACAGUGUGUUCAGAGAUUUUUUAUUUUCCCCUGUGGUUUCAUUUAAUAAAAAAUAAAAACAACCCUGUGGGCUGCACAGAACAAGAGAAGCAGAUUAAUCUCGAGGGAAUUUACUGUGUAAAACGCGACUGAAAUUCUUUUGCAGAUUUAUCAUGUUUAUUUAAAAAACAGCUUGACUGCACUUUAGUCAGAUGAAGCGUUAUAUUGGUUUAAAUUAUUUAGUAUUUAUUACACGUGUUGGUGUAAAGUUACUGUCUACUUUUAUGUGCUUGGUAUAAAGGAAACGCCGGUUUGUAUUGGUGAAGUUACUGAAUUACAAAAAAGAUCCAAACGACUGUAUUAGCUGUGUUUCUGCUGAGAUUCCUGUUGCUGUUUCAGACUUAAAACUUUGUCCGAGCCUUAAACCUGCAGAGAGCCUUGUGGUAAAGAGCGGUCACCUGCCUUAUUUUUCAUUUGUUUCAACCAAACCUCAUUUAAAGCAAAACUACAUCUUUGCCAAAGAACCUUUGUUUCUCGUCACCACGUUCGCCACGACUGAUUUUAAAAGGCUUUUAGUUAGUGAUUAAUCCAUGCUAACAGUUUUAUUUAAUGAUUUGUUAGACUAUUUAUGUUUACACUGCACUGUCGUAACUUUUAUUUUGUAAUUAAUUAAUGGGCGUAGUGCAUCAACAUAACUGUAGUUUAAGAGGGAAAAUGCAGACGUUUCUUAUUUAUUCAUUAUGUUGUUUAUCUGUGCUCUCAGUGAGCAGCUGAUGUACUGAAUCUGCAGCUAACAUGUCCUACAUUUUCCUCGUGUGGCUUCCUGCUCUUGCACAACUGAUAACUGAUCAAUAAAAGACAUUAAAGCCAA